ACUUGUGACUCUUGCACUUCAGACGCCUGAAUAAAACACGGUGAGCGGUGCGUGCAGUUACACAACUUCACGGGACGCAGCUGGCGCGACAAACUUCAGCGCUACUUCCUUGGCGGAACUCUUACAGUGACUUGUAAGAUUAAAGAGGGAAUGUUAUUCAGAGCACAGUCAGCCAAACCUGAUGACAUGUGUAGGACAAGCAGCAGCGCCACAGACAGGAGGACACAAGAAAUGACACGGAACAAGGACUACGGCGAUGGGAAAGCGAUGCAGGCUGACCAGGAGAGGAGAGAGGCGUCAGGGCCGUGUGAGUUCGUCGUCCCAGCCGGUGUGAGGGAGAAGCUGAUUGCGGCGAAGCAGCGGGUCGAGGCGCUGUUCAGAGUGACCGUGCUGUUAUUGAACGUCGCCUCGGCAGAGAGCUCAACUUCCUCCAACCAGUGGGUCCGAGUGGAGGGCGAAAAGGAGCGGCAGCUUCGCGCUAAGGAUUACAUCCUCUCGCUUUGCUGUCCGGAGCUCACACGGGAAGAGAAGUGCAGUCCGGAGUUCUACGACGCGCUCGACAAGCUACAGAGUAGGAUUGAGUACGAGUCACAAGCCGCUCUCACCGCCCUGAACAACGCAACCUUCCUGAUCCAAGCCUACAAUGAGAUUCAGCUCAGCACGGCGCUGUCAUUGAUCGAAGAGGAGAAAAAGAAGUUUGUUGCAGCAGACAUGAGGCACACGGCGGCGGACAACCUCAGCAAGAAUAUGAGACUCGGUACGAACAAUGGUGAGAUACCCAGAACACUAGACAAUGUGCCUUCCAGUGCAAAGAGAUCAGAUGAAAGUCUGGACAGCAUAGACGGAGUUAGAUCGAACACGAGCAGCCCAAAAGGGUCUGACGGGGAGGACUUUGACCCGUUCACAGACCCGGAGAGCAUUAUAAAAAUGGAGUUUGCAGUGAAGCUAGGAUAUCCCGAGGCAGACGUAGUCAGAGUGCUGAAAAAGUUGGGCCCUGACGCGCUCCAAAACGACAUCCUGGGUGACCUGGUGAAGAUCGGGGCGGGGUCAAAAGACGAGGAGCCUGAAGAAAAGCAAAGACUGGUGGCCAAAGGCGGCCGGGCCACGCCUCUGUCUAUGGCUGAUAAAACUGAGGAUGAAGCUGUGUUUAGUGAUGAGGAUGAAACAGACAAUCUCCGAGCUAUUGUCAUCGAUGGAAGCAAUGUUGCUAUGAGCCACGGCAACAAGGAAGUGUUCUCCUGCAAGGGGAUCGCACUGGCUGUGGACUACUUCAUCAAGAGAGGACAUCGUGAUAUCACUGUGUUCGUCCCCAACUGGAGAAAAGAGGCUUCAAGACCAGAACAGCCUAUUGCUGAACAACAGAUCCUCGACAAGCUGGAGAAAGAUAAGAUCUUAGUCUACACUCCUUCGAGACGCGUGGCGGGGAGAAGAGUCGUCUGCUACGACGACAGGUUCAUCUUACGCCUGGCCAACGAGACGGAUGGAAUCAUCGUAUCUAAUGACAACUACCGCGACCUUCAAACAGAGAAGCCGGAAUGGAAGAAGAUCAUAGAGGAGAGACUUCUGAUGUACUCGUUUGUUAAUGACAGAUUUAUGGUGCCAGAUGACCCCCUGGGACGGUACGGACCGACUCUUGAUAACUUUCUGAGGAAGAGGCCAACAGCACCUGAGAAGAAGGCUCCUCCCUGUCCUUAUGGUAAGAAAUGUACCUAUGGAAACAAGUGCAAGUACUACCACCCUGAGAGGGGCAACGUCCCCCAGAAGUCAGUGUCUGAACAGAUCAUGGAAGAUGGCAAGAACCGAGUCAGGGCACUGCACAAGAGAGCGUCCCUUUCCACCUCCAAGGACAUAAAGAAAGACACACCUAAAGUGAGGGAAUCUAGAAAGCCUGGGUCAGAGACCACAGCUCCUAGCACCCUGCCUGAGGACACCCCAACAUUGUAUGCUGACUUGAGCACAGCAUCCAAACCUACAAACGUUGAGAAGAGCAGCAAACAGACGAUCACAGAGAAACCCGUCAGUGGGGACCGCGAACUGAAAUCAAAGUCGACAAGAAAAGACACUCCGGUGUCCCUCGAUACGAAAGACGUCUUCCAAGGGGUCAGUCCGGAUGAAAGUGCCUCCCUGCCUUCGCAGUACCACCUGAAGGCCCCUGAGAGACGGGAAGUGUCUACCGCCCCCUUCAUGUCGUGGCAAGGCCCUGCCAGGCCCCACCCCACCCACAGUCCCCAGCAAUCCAUGCACUCCUACCACGGGACCAUGAGUGCAGACCCUAACCCUGGCGCCCAGUGGAACAGGCCACCACCCCAGCAGCAGCCUAUGUACCGCCCCGACCCACGCAUGCAGCAGUACAACAUGCAGCAUCCCAGCCAGUAUCCCGACUACUCUAUCAACACCUUCUACUCCAGCCCGGAGCCUCGAGGCGACAUCAGCCAGGAGAUGUCCAACCUGGCACUGCGCGAUGCGACCAGCCUCCCUCCGGAGAGCGGGUACGUGUCUGGGAGACACAGCAGCUGGGACGUGUACCAGCACUACCACGGUCAGCCUGGUGUCCACAGUCUCCAGCACCAGCCCCCCGCGUCCGCAGACCCCUACCGCGACCACAGGAGCGGCUCGCACCCCUUCCAGUACACCCGGCAGACCAGCACGUCCGAACCGCAGCUGUACCACGACCACCACCCCGGCCUGCAGCAGAGGGGUCCUGUCUACAACGGUCAGAACAACCUGAACUACGGCAUGGCGUCCUCACAACACCAACACCACAUGCGCAGCCGCGCCAUGCCUGCUAACAUCCCGCCGGACAGCUACUGGCCUGGCCACUCCCAGAUGCCGCCCCCACAUUACACGUACGCCCCCAACAUGCCACAGGAGCAGUACGGCAUGAAGUCCAACCCUGAGGACGCGCCCAUCCUCCAGGACGACCCGCGCUACCACAUCUACGUCAACCUGAGCAGCGUGUUCCAGCCAGACAAGGUUCGGCAAGCCCUGAACCGCUACCCUCACGAGAGGGACCCCACCAAGAUCGGGCAGAUCAUUGUAGAGAUGCAGGUGUUGAAGAGUUAGAAAAGGGCCCUUGUUGUAACGUUGUUAUAUAAUGAAUGGUAUUUUUGGGCAUUGAACACUGUGAUUGGCACCUGUUGUCAAGGGCAGUUACAGCUACAUGUGGUGUGCUACAUUUUGUACAAGUGGCACCGAUUUGUGUAUCAGGGCUCAAAAUAAUCUGCAGAAAAGGUUUCAAGAUCACAAACAAAAAUACCAGCAGCAAAAGUUUACCAGCUAACAUGUUGCAACUUUGCAGGUAAAGAUUCUGGCCUGCCAUAAUGAACCACUUAUUGCAAG